UGCCAAGCCAGAGGCUGCGGAGACACCAGCAAAUGGCAAAGGGGCGAUCAGAUCCCUGCUGCCGCCUCCUGGGAUGGAGCCCUGAAGAGCCUUAAAGAGGCCCCAUGCUUCCGCCACCCUGGCUGCCCCUACAGCCUUCUCCAUGCACUGAAGCCCAAGGCUGGGCUGCAGCCUCUCUCCUUGGACCUCCACUGGGCCCUGGAGGGACCGGGCAGGGCCUCUGGGACCAUGGUUGGACUGCAACCUUCAGAGAGGCCCCCCACAACGGCUGUGAAGUUCCUGGGGGCGGGCACGGCGGCCUGCUUUGCUGACCUCCUCACCUUUCCACUGGACACAGCCAAGGUCCGCCUGCAGAUCCAGGGGGAGAACCAGGUGGCCCAGGCGUCCCGGAGUGCCCAGUACCGAGGGGUGCUGGGCACCAUCCUGACCAUGGUGCGCACUGAGGGCCCCUGCAGCCUCUACAGCGGGCUGGUCGCCGGCCUGCAGCGCCAGAUGAGCUUCGCCUCCAUCCGCAUCGGCCUCUACGACUCUGUCAAGCAGUUCUACACCCCCAAGGGAUCAGACCACUCCAGCAUCGUUACCCGGAUUUUGGCGGGCUGCACCACGGGGGCCAUGGCCGUGACCUGUGCCCAGCCCACGGACGUGGUGAAGAUCCGCUUUCAGGCCAGCAUGCACACUGGGCCGGGGAGCAACAGGAAGUACAGUGGGACAAUGGAUGCCUACAGGACCAUCGCCAGGGAGGAAGGGGUUCGGGGCCUGUGGAAAGGAGUUCUGCCCAACAUCACGAGGAAUGCCAUUGUCAACUGUGGUGAGAUGGUGACCUAUGACAUCAUCAAGGAAAAGCUGCUAGACUACCGCCUGCUCACCGACAACUUCCCCUGCCACUUUGUCUCUGCCUUUGGAGCUGGCUUCUGUGCCACCCUGGUGGCCUCCCCAGUGGACGUGGUGAAGACACGGUAUAUGAACUCGCCCCCAGGCCAGUACCACAGUCCCUUCGACUGUAUGCUGAAGAUGGUGACCCAGGAGGGCCCCACAGCCUUCUACAAGGGAUUUACACCCUCUUUUCUGCGUUUGGGAUCCUGGAAUGUGGUGAUGUUCGUCACCUACGAGCAGAUGAAACGGGCCUUGAUGAAAGUCCAGAUGCUACGAGACUCUCCAUUUUGACUAAGACAAGGCUACUUAGUAUUUAACUAGGACAAAACCAGUUCAGGUUGGAAUAAAGCAGUGGGUCCACGCCACAGGGACACAGACCCGUACAUGUUUGUUUACAGAACUGUUUACUUGAUGCUGACUCAAGAGACAGAAGAAUAGGAAGGACUGUGGUCUUCAGUGCUUUGUCUUAAGAACACCUUUGUUUUGCACUGACAAGGUGGAAAAUAAAUUAUAUUAAUUUGUGAAAUCCAUCAGGUUGGAUGCCUAACAUUUAGGCAAGGAAAAAUAAACCAAAACAGAUCUAUUUGGGUAAAACAGAAGUUUGCAUACUUAUAUCCCCUGGAAGAUCUAAUUAGAUGAUGAAUUAUAAACAGGAAUGACUGCAAGCAUGGAACAAGAGUGUCCCGCAUUUCCCUUGGAAAUCAGCUAAGGAAUCUAGUGAGACACCACCAAAGCAACGCAAAGACUUUUGAUUGCAGCCUUCGGUUAGCCACAGAUGAUCAGCUGUAUUUGUUAUGUGUCUGCGUGUAGAAUCCACUGGGAUUGUGGGAAAUGUGAGAGAGGAAAAAAAGAGAAAACCUAGAAACUGUGUCAAAGGAGCACGGCUGGGCCAGUGUGAGGCUGAGACCCGUAAAUAUUCGCUGACAACACUGGAGAAUCAAAAGGGCAGCCUCAGUUUCCUUUCCUGUAAAAUGGGAGUAAUAAUCCUUUUCCUCCUAUCUCACUUGGGGUGUUUAUGAGGAUCAAGUGAGAAGCUGGGCAGAAAAGCACAUUAUAAAAGCAAAAGCUCUGGACAAGUGUGCAUAAAAGGACAAUGCCUCGGAAAAGAUUUUGUCGAUUAGUGAGGAAGUGCCAGGGAAGAAGUUUUUGAAAGACACAAUUGCCUAGAGGUGAAACCAAAGGAACCAGGAACUCGGGGGCCAGGGGUGACAGAGAAUGGUGUACAGCUGCCGGAGCCCCACUCCCAGGCAGCCCCCACUGCCCCACUGGACUGUGAGGCACCUUGAAGGGUGUAGAGUCUGGGGACAAAGAGGUAAAAGCUGGGCUAAAGUAUCAGGACUCAGAAUUUUUGAAAAUUAUCAUGACUCAAUAAAGGAAUUCACACCUUGAGUGUGGGAAUGAAAACAGCCACUUUUCCGCCUUCUCUUUCUUAGAUGGAAUUUCCCUUUCUCAUUUCAGGCAUCCUGUUCAUCAGCGCAGGGCCAUGCCUGGCCCCUCACACAUACACUGCCUUCUGCGCUUCUGCAGCCCGGCUGCUCAGCAUUUUAAAGGUUUGACUCUUCCAUUUAUAAAAGGCAGGCUUGAACCAGAUGACCUUCUCCUAAACUUAACUGAAUAUAUUUCAUGUUGAUAAUUGGGAUCCAGAAGAUCAGUCUUUUUCUGGUUCUUAGCAGCUUAUGUGGCUCUGAUGUCAGAACUGGGUUCCAACCUCACUCACCCACACACACAGUUACUAGCAACCUAACCAUGGGGAAUCCUUGCAUCAUAGAGUCCUACAGAGAAGUGGGAAGGACAAUCUACACCUCACAGGAAGGGCUCAGUGAUGUCACCCUUCCUCCCCACUCUGACUCCUCUGCAUCCUGGGGAAAAAUGAACAUCCACUUACCCUGAGCACUUUUCUAAAUCUAUAUCAUAAUUUGAGAUCAUUUACAUAUACAAACUGGAAAGUCCAAGCAAAAGCAAAAAAGUAAAAAUUAUUUUGAUUUAAUGUCUGGUUUGGCUUUCAAAUAAAAACCACAUUUAAAACUUUUUCUUUUCA